ACUCGUACCCACUUCGUGGAUGAAGAGUCCGAGACCUCCCGAGAACGCGGCCAAGCAUAAAGGCGUGGUGCUUCCAAAGCAUAAACACAAACAGAUGGUGUUGUGGUCGUACCCACCCACGCCCAGACAGCUAGUCGUGACGGCCUGCUUCUUCGUCACCGGCGCAUCACUCUUCGCCAUCGGGGUCCACCUGUCAUUCGCAAACAUAGGCCCUCAACAAGCCCGUGCCAAGGCCCGUAGCGAUGUCAUCAAAGACCGCCUCAGGAAGAUGCUCGACGACUAGCGUGAAAGAGCAAGCGCUUGAUUUAGAUGGUGGACAUGAAAGCACCAAGUGUCUAAGCAUGAGGAAUUAGAAGGCGACUGCAGUGCGAGGUCAGGAAGAAGUUCAUAUCGUUUUUCUUGUUUAGGAGAUCCUUGCUCUCACCCAAGUCCAACAUCCUGCAAUAUGAUUAAGGAAAAGCCUACUUAGAGGUAUGCAGCACAUGUAUUUCUUGAGCCUUUAAAAUAGUUUUUAAGGCUUUGCCUGAGAAAGAUUGGAUUGCUUUCUGCUUUCGACCAUAGCAUAUCACAAGCACAAAAUCAACGCGCCUUUGCAAGUGAAGACACAUUCUUAGUGCCAUAUUGUAGUAAAUAUAUGUUUGGACUCCUGGAGAAUUUUGUGUUUUGUGAAGCUUAUGUCUUUCUAAUUUCCAGUUCCUGACCGCUUUGUGGGGUUGAGAUCUUGUGCUGCAAUGCUAACCUCAUUACUCUUGGGUUCUAAUUCCAACUAGAAAAGGGAGUAUUUACUUGAAUGAACUCAAUUUUGGUGUACCGAGGCUAUCCCUAUGUUUUGUUUGUAAUGCAAUUUGUUUGGGGAAAUGAUAUAAGAUUUAUCUGUCCUCCAUUUGUGUACCAUCUCCCAUGUCAUUUCAUUUUCGUGUCCAAGUAAAUAAAAACGUUGUUGGAGGUGCUACAAAA